GUGAUUUUGUUAGAUUUUUCAAUAUUCUCUUCUUUUGAUCAUUCUGAUUCUUUUGUUAUGGUUGUAAAAUGAAUCGUUAAUUCAUUGUAAAUUCGAAAGACUGAAAAAAGUCUACGAUUAACGAAAAAAUGUUAUCUUCAUACCGAUUAGUCAAAAAUCGUUCAAAUUUUUUAUAUCGAAUUUUCUGUGUUGAAUCAUUUGAUAAUCAAUCGAUUUUAUACAACAAUAAUCGAUAUCGAUCGAUAGAACAAUGUCCAAUCAUUAAAUCAUCCCCAUACAUUUGUGAUUAUCAACGAAAUUGUUUUAAUCCAUUGUUUGAUAUUUCAAAAACAUUCAGCACAAUUAAUGAUCCUAAAAAUGGUUUCGAUUAUUUAUCCGGUACAAUAGCAUCACAAUUAGUUGAUCGUUUACCCGAUGAAGUACGUCCAUAUGCUCGUUUGAUGCGUUUAGAUAAACCAACUGGUACAUGGCUUUUAUUAUUACCUUGCUGGUGGAGCAUUGGCCUUAGUACUACAGCCGGUUCAUUACCAUCAUUAUCAUUGAUGACUUUAUUUGGUAUCGGUGCCGUAUUGAUGCGUUCAGCCGGUUGUAUUGUAAAUGAUAUUUGGGAUCGUCGAUUUGAUCGUAAUGUUGAACGUACACGAUUUCGUCCUUUAGCAUCUGAACAGAUUCAACUAAAUGAAGCAAUUGCCUUAUUAGCUACAUUAUUAGGUUCUAGUCUUUUAGUUCUUAUUCAAUUUGAUUUGAAUAGCAUCAUUCUUGGUGCAUCCAGUUUAUUGUUAGUAGCAUCAUAUCCAUCAUUUAAACGUUUUACUUAUUGGCCACAAUUUAUACUUGGUAUGACAUUUAAUUGGGGCGCAUUACUUGGAUGGUCAGUAAAUACUGGUGGUAUGAUCGAUUUGACUGCCGUAUUACCAUUAUAUAUGGCUGGCAUAUGUUGGACAUUAAUAUAUGAUACAAUCUAUGCACAUCAAGAUAAAAUGGAUGAUCUUGUUCUUGGUUUAAAAUCCACUGCAUUGAAAUUUGGUUCAAAAACUAAUCGAUAUCUAAAUGGUUUCACUGCAUUGAUGACAGCUUCAUUAAUCUCUACCGGUGUUAUUACCGAUCAAACUUGGCCUUAUUAUCUAUCUAUUGGUAUUAUGUCUAUCGGUUUAUUACGAAUCAAUCGACAAUUAGAUGUUGAUUCCAUCCAAAGCUGUGCGUGGGCUUUUCGUCAAAACACAAAAAUUGGCUGGAUUCUUUUAUUCGGUAUUAUUACCGGUACAUUUUUGAAGUCACCGAUUAAUAAUUGUCGUGAUGAUGAUGCUGAUGCUGAUGUUGGUGAUAUUGCAUAAAUAAUCCAUAGAUAAUUGCUGUGUUAAUAAUGGAUUUGCCUCAAUUCUGAUCUCCUCUAUACAACUUGGUUUUGGAAUCAAUUUUCUUUUGUUUCAUUUCAGACUUAUGUAACAUUUUUCUCUGUGUAUUUCUAGUUUUAUAAUUUACACUUUACUUGUUGAUAAAUUUUUUUUAUCUUGUUUCUAAUUAAUGUUAA